CUAUGAAUAAUUAACAAAAAUGAAAUGUAAUUACUACGUCAAAUGUAGGUUACACUACAAUGCCUGCAGCUUUUGCAUGGCGGAGAGUGUUUUUUUGCAGCGCUCAGCCAUGGGUGCAUCACGUGACCCUUUAAUCUCCACUGUAUUUCCGCGUUCACGCUGUUAUCACUGACUCUCUAUGGAGGCGCAUCAGCAGCAUCGCUGUUGUUAUUAUUUCCAUGCCCGGUGGCGGCUUGUUUUCUGCUCUGAAUCAAUGAAACUUUAACCAUCAGAGGAGCUUCCUCCAUCUCCUCCUCUGCGUCCCCCGCUUCCUUUUGAGCCCUGUCGACGAGCAGCAGCGCGGACGAGCUGGGGGGCAAUCCGGGAAAAGGGAGCCGCGGCGCCGCGCACCGGCCGACGGACACAACGCCGCGGCGCGGCGGCAACAACAUGCUCACGCGGGUCAAGUCGGCCGUGGCAGGGUUCAUGGGUGGAAUUAUGACCGGGGGAAGCUCAGGUGGGGGUGGGAAUUCGUCUUCGGAUUUGCCGCUGAAAUUCCCUUAUAUGAGACCUGAGUUCCUAGGACUGUCCGCGGAUGAAAUCGAGUGCUCCGCGGACCACAUAGCUCGGCCCAUCCUCAUCCUUAAGGAAACCAGGAGAUUACCGUGGGCCACCGGAUACGCUGAGGUUAUCAAUGCUGGUAAGAGUGCGCUGAAUGAGGACCAGGCCUGCUGCGAGGUGGUUGUGGCUCGAAGGAGACCGAUGAGCUACUGUCCCCCGUCUACACCCAGCAAGAACCCAAUGGACAAGAGACGCAACUCGCUGCCCAAUGGCGAGGCCCUGGGGCUCCCCCCAGAACACAACAUGAUGGGCGAGGAGAGUGAAGGCCUCGUUUUUCACUAUUGGGCACUGUUCGAUGGUCACGCUGGCUCAGGUGCGGCGGUUGUUGCCUCCCGCCUGCUGCAGCACCACAUCGCCUGCCAGCUUCAAUCAGUCAUAGAGAUCCUGCGCAACUUCCACUCGCUGCCCCCUACUGUGCUGGGGGAGGACCCCGACAGCAGCAGUGGAAACCCCCCUGGACCCCACCAAGCCCUGACCCGGGCUGUCUCGCUGCGGGGGGCCACAGGCUCCCCGAGCUCACCGUGCAGCACCCCGCCUCCGCCACGCUUCUACAUGGAGAAAAAGAUUCAGCACGAGAGCCUGGUGGUUGGAGCAAUAGAGAAUGCCUUCAAGGAGAUGGACGCCCAGAUCGAGAGGGAGAAACAGGUGUACAGCAUCAGCGGCGGAUGCACGGCUCUCACCGUGGUUUACCUGCUGGGAAAACUGUAUGUUGGAAAUGCAGGUGACAGCAGGGCCAUCAUCAUCAAAAACAACGAGAUCAUUUCAGUGUCGACGGAGUUCACGCCAGAAUCAGAACGACAGCGGCUCCAGUUCCUGGGUUACAUGCAGCCGCAGCUGUUGGGGAACGAGUUCACGCACCUGGAAUUCCCCCGCAGAGUUCAGAGGAAGGAGGUGGGCAAGAGGAUGCUCUACAGAGACUUCACCAUGAACGGAUGGGCUUACAAGACUGUUGAGGAUGAAGAUCUCAAAUUUCCACUUAUUUACGGCGAAGGCAAAAAGGCGCGGGUUCUGGCAACAAUCGGUGUGACCCGGGGGCUCGGUGAUCACGACCUCAAAGUUCAUGACUCCAACAUUUACAUCAAGCCGUUCCUGUCCUGUAUUCCUGAGGUGAAGGUGUAUAAUCUGAUGCAGUACGAGCACGGAACCGAUGAUGUCCUGGUGAUGGGAACUGACGGCCUCUGGGACGUCCUGACCAACGAGGAAGUAGCCGAAGCCGUCAGCACCUUCCUGUCCAACUGUGACGCUGAUGACUUGCACAGGUAUACAAUGGCGGCUCAGGACCUGGUGAUGCGAGCGCGUGGUGUGCUGAGAGACAGAGGAUGGAGGAUCUCCAACGAGCGCCUGGGCUCCGGAGACGACAUCUCGGUCUUCAUCAUUCCGUUAAUGUACGGCAACCGGCAGCCCUGACAAGUUCUCUGCAGGACAUGAGCGCCUGGAAACUCAGCGGGAUUGAGAAGUCCUGAGGGCAGAAACUUAAUUUAAUUUCCCUUUUUAUUUAUUCCCUUUUUAAACAAAUGUGAACGAAAAAGAUCCAGAUUCUGUUGGUGCUUCUUUUCUCUGAAUCAGUUCAAGAUUGUGAGCCGUUGGAGUCUGAGGUCAUUAAUUAGGAUCAUAUAAGCUAUCAGAUAUUUGUAGUUUGACUCAAAAUAAGGGGAGCGAAAAAUGUUCCUUCUUUUUGCUAUUCUUUUCUCGUCCUUUCGUUCCAUUCUAUCCUAUAUAGUCCGUUUUGUUAAAAAAACCUGUCGCGUAAACUUGGACCCAGCUGACUGGUCAGCUGCUUUUUUCCUCCGUUUUGCCACAGUGUGGCUCUUGAAGGCUGAUGAACCACUUGCACUUUGUCGGACAAAUCAAACACGGGAUGGCGUGGCAUUGAAGGCAACCUCAUAGAAGAGAAUUCUCCCCAUUUGAGAAAAUUUGGACUAACAUUUGGGAUAUUUUUUGUCUCGGGUUGGUACUAAAGUUUACACAGUUGAGCUGAUAGAAGGUUUGGUUAUGGUACAAGUCAUUUGAACUUGCUUGAAUUGUAUAUAGAUCAAAUUGUUUUACUUUUCACUAUGUUGCACACUGAGAUGAGUUAAUGUUUUUGUAAUAAUGCAUUUUUUUAGUAUAUCGGAUUUUUUGCUUCAGUUACAGAAGAUGAAACACAAUUUUCUGUCGAACACAAACUAUAGCGGCUUGCAGAAGUAUCCCAAGCACUUCAUAUUUUCUUCUGCUGUUGCAGUUCAAUCAUUAUCAGUCUAAUACCUGAUCUGUAUAAGGCCCCUUUUCCAUUGCAGGGACUUUCAGCCAUUACACAGGAUUUUGAAAGCCCUCAGUGCAUUUCAACACAGAUUUACCUGAGUAAUUUCAGGUCCACAUAUUCCUGGAUAAAAGGUAAUUGUUGAGGGGCGGGGUUAUGUGCUGAGCAACAAUGAUUGGUGGACCCUUUCUUGUAGGGUUCUGACUUCCUCUCACCUGCCAUGUUUAAGACGUGUGUUGUUGUGUUCCACUUUAUACAAGAGUUGUAUUAAGGCGUGCUUUUUGUGAUCGAGAAUGGACCAAAGGAAGAGGACAUACGAUUAGUGGACGGAUGAUAAGGUCCAAGUUCUUUUGGAUGUUUUUGCUGAUGAAGACAUGAAGAUUUUGAGUCAGAGACACAGAAUAAUAGGGUCUAUGCCAAAAUUGCUUUAAAAAAAACAACAUUUUACCGCCACCUGCUGGAAUGGAGGUGCACUGCAGCUUUCUUCACAACUUCCCCAUAAUGCCAUUAGGCUCAUUUAAAUAAAUGUCCUACAGCCUUUCAGAACAGUGGAAACAGAAAGUACACAAAUUACCCGGGUAAACAAAGUAGGCAUUUAAAUCCUAGGACUUUUGGUGGGAAAGGGGCUAAUGUUUUUUGUUUUGUUCGAUAAACCAUUUAGCGUUGAGCUUUUUAAUCUUCUUGAAUGAAUUCAGAGUUUGCUAGUUUAGAAAAAGCUAGAAAAAAAAGUCCUAUGAAUCAUUGAACCUUUGAGGGGAAAAAAACAUCCAAAUGAAGGCUUUGAUAAAGCUACAGAACGGCUUGAGAGCAGCUUCUUGGGACAAAGCAGACGGGAAAAAGAUGUAGUCUUGUACAUUUUUAGACUUCUACUACAAACACACUGUUUUUGUUGGUGUUUAUUCUAGUGCCAAUUUAAGACAACAAAAGAUGUAGCAUCAAAUUUACAUUGGGAGCGAUAUAUAAGUUGCCUAUACAGACUCAGUGUUAAAUGGAAUGACUUGUACCUCAUUGUAGGCAUACUUCAGGAGCCAAGAUAAGGAAAGGUAGUUAUUCCCUGCAGCAGGGAGAAUGUAACAUAAUUAAACCUAAAAUACAAUCAUUGUUAAGAAAAUCUAAAAGCUUCUUUUGUUUUCCUGUUCUGCAUUGUUUUAUAUUUUCAGAUACUUUAGAUUGACGCUGCCCCAGCUGAAAGUAACUCAAUGUAGGGAUGUAGUUUAGUAUAUGCAGUAAUUUAUUUUAGGCCUGGGAUGAGCAACGGUGCAAUGAUUUUAUUUGCUGUUACUUUUUGUAUGGGCUGAUUUCUAGUUAUGUAACGUAUCAAGACAUUUAUGUUGAUGUUUGUGAAUGUCCAAAGAUGAUAUUUCUAAGAUGGUUGUAUUUCCGUUUGCUUUGGAAGCAUCCAGAGAUUUCUAGCAAAAGCUACAGGAUGACAUUUAAAAAAGAUUGAAGAAAAAUGUUAAUGGAUUUGUACAAAACCAAAUAUGGACCGUUUUUGCAUGCUUGUCAGUUUGAGGUUGUUUACUGGGCUUUAGAAAGAGAAGUUAGUUUAAAAAGUUGAGCAGAAGCUCAGAGAAGCAUCCACUAACAAAAAAAAGCUAACGUGCUUACUUUUAAAAGUAAAUAAAAUAAUAGAACAGCCUCUCUCUUUUCUACAAACAUACUUAGAAGGUAACAAGUAACACCUACCCAACAGGUAUGCUCCUGUUUUCUCAUAUUGGCCAAUUGUAUCGGUAAGGAUCAGAAGGUAGACAGCCUUGCUUUAUGGCUCAGCUCUUCCUUUACCACAAGAAGUAGGAGGAGUGCGAGCAUUACUACAGACCCGAUACGUCUGUACUGAAUCGCCACUGAAUUUAAUUUUUUUAUUUUGUCCCAGAAAAAACAUGAAAAGUUAAAGAAAAUUUCAGAGCAUCAGGAAUACAGUUUGAAGUACUUUCAAGUACACUUCCUAUGAGCAAAGGAUUUCCAAACCUAGUCUAUCAGAGGAAAGUGUGCAUAGGCAUAAAACCAAUAGCAUUAGCAGUUAAAACUAAAGCGGGGUGCCUAAAAGGCUUUUUAGAGAUUUAUAUUUAGUUUAUAUUGACUUUAUAUUUUGUUCCCUAUAAAUGCAAUUAAGUUGACAAAUAAUACUGUUUUUCCUGUCAGAUAUUUGUUGCACUGUUAACCAUCUUUCUGCCUUUUUUCCAACAAAACUAAAACCAUCUACAUUCUGUCAGGGCAGCAGCUGUUUUUUAUUUCCUGCUGACCAUGUGCUACUGCACUCCUUUUGUACCUUCCAAGAUGAAGAAAUCUCAUUUCCUAAUUAAUUACAUGAUUAUUUUGUUUUCUAUUCUUUAGCCAUUUUCAGAUUUUCUUGUAAGCUGGUUGUAUUCCUUCUAAUGUCGUGGAUUUGGUUUAAGCUCUGUUGUCAAAACGCCUCUCAGCUUAAAUGACAGUAAAGGGAAUGUUUUCACCUGGAGAUAUGUCUUAAGGUAACAUCUGAUUUUCUCUACAUAGAUACAGAUCUAUGUAUAUGUGUUGAAUGUCAUCCUUCCACCUUUGUUCUAAUGAAGUAGAUCAUUUGUGUCAUCCCAUGGUGCCACUCAACUCUUACUCAUUGGUUCAGGUUCGACUGUAGUUUGCAUAUGUUGGGUUUUCUGAGGGCAUGAUUAGGUGUACAGGAAGCCUUUUAUUCAGCUCCAUCUACUUGGUUGUUGUCAUUUGUGCUGUAUUAUGACUGCUGGAGUUAUAGUUGUUCCUACGUAACGUUACCAGGUUAGAAAACUUGUGAAGCUGAGGGGGAUUUUUAUUUGUAGCAAAGAGGGACUUUGCCUAGUUGGGGAUUGUUUUAGGUGACUAUUGUGCUCCCCUUAAGCUCAAUGUGAAUGUAAGAUGUAAUUUUAUUAAAUAAAUAAAUAAAUAAAAACAAGUUCAUUGAGUUAAAAACUAAUAUCCUAAGGUCUCCUUGGGCAAGCUUGACAUUGGAAGGAGAAUAGCUGUUUACCUUCAGUGUUUCUUACCCAGAAAUAAAAUAAAAAUGACAAUAAACAAAGACCCAUGUCAAACAAA